AUGGCUGACGUGGAGCCCUACGAGGACCCCAUAAUAAGGCUCAUCCAGGACCCCAAUCUCAAUCGAGACAAGGCCAAGACAUCCGAGUUGAUCAAAAUCAUCAGUGGGUUCCCGUUGGCAGAGCGCAAGGUCAGCAAGCUCUGCCUGUCCACUUUUGCCAUCCUCCAAACCCUCGAAAAGUUGAGCCUUACCUUCAAGAGCUGGGAGUUUCUCUCGUUGGAUUUCAAUAGCGAGUAUCACUUCAGCAACCAAGACGACAAGCUCAAGCGCUUCAACAACAACGUCGCCGAUAAGGUCAUUACCACCUGCAACGAAAUGAACAAGAAGCUUAACCGCAUAUCCAUAGACAUCGACUCCAUCACCAAGGCAUCCAGGACAUUGAGUCCUGUAGAAUACAUAUCUGACAGUGGGACCCUACUAACAUCGUUGGUGUUGAGGAGUAUCAAGCUAAAGAACGAAGUUGUCGACAACUUGACGGUGGCCUAUCUGAAGGCCAAGCUCAUCUUGAUCGGUAAGGACUUGGAGGCCAUGCUCAUGGACGCAGAAGACGAUACCACCAUUUUGACAUAUAAGAAUUUCAUUGUCAACUUGUUGAAGCAGCUAAAUAGCGCAAUAGAGUUGGAAGAUGCCGAGUCCAAGUAUGAGUGCUUGGCUGUCAUGAAUGACAUGGAGAAAAUGUUCGAUGCCUUUAAGUUGGAAAAGGUCAGAGAGGUGGCAGUCAGAAAAAGCAAAGACGAAGAACCAGAGGACACCGAAAACGAUCAGGAAGAAUUGCAUCCUCACAACUCGACCCCUAAUACCCAGCAGCUCGUAUCUGAUGACGAUGUGGAUUUUGACUACUCAGAUUCUGAUGUUGGCUCAAACUCUUUGUACUCGUCUACGUUAUCACAACCUCCAAUGAUCCAUUCCAUUACAAAAUCGCAUGUCGAUAGCUCUCCAAGGGUAACACGCAGAGACUCUGUCUCGUCGUUAUCAACAUCUACUUUACUUCAUAAGACCACCAUUUCUGAUGAAAUGCCAUAUUUGAUGACUGCAUUUAGCUCUGCCAAAAAUAUCGAGGAAGACAUCAGUCAUUUCCAAGAAGAAGAAAAAAUCGUUCCACAGUUUAAGAAAAGACCCGAAAAAGAAUACAGAUCCAGAGAGAAAGAAGUUGAAAAGAAGGAAAAGCACUUCUACUCUCAUAAACCGAAGUUACCGGAAAACUCUUUAUACUCCGAGAGCGUUAUACUAUCACAACCAACUCCAGGCAGUUCACCUGCUUCAUCUUAUUUAUUCUCGAACAACUCAUUACUUUCCAAACUAGGCAUAAAACCACAGGUCAUUACCACUGAUGUUCCCCAUGGUAAAGAGUUGGCAGUUACAGGCAAAUUAAAUCAACCACAACAACAGCAAAAACUACCACUUGCGAUAGAAGCCUCUGACGACGAAGAUACAAAUAAGGAGAACAAGAAACUCUUGACUCCAUUAACAAAGGCCAAUUUAGAAACUCAUACUUUCUCUAAAUUAACUCCAGAGAAUGGUUUUGCGGACUAUGUUGACUAG